CUCAAUCAUUUUGAACUCUUCGCCUCUGACUGACCACUGACCACUGACCAUGUGCCACCAUCGUCUGCACAUUUUGUUGCUGCUGCUGUCGCUCUUCAGCUUUGCUUUGCUCAGCAGCGUGCAUGGCCUGCCCUGGGGUGGACCCUCCUCGAAUCAUCGCGGCUCCAGCGGCGGACCUUCGUGGAAUGGCGGCCCUGAGGAGGAUCCCCGCAAUAUAAUACUCCACGCGAAUGGCAAUGGCAAGUCCAAUUAUGGCCAAAGUCUGCGCCAGUGGCGUUACUGAGCGAGGAAACCAAUUAAGUUUCAUUUUAAAUGGGAAAAAUAAUGAAUUAUUCAUUUCAAAUAUUUAUUAUACAU